AUGACCACAGUAAAAAAUUAUAAGUAUCAUGACUGGAGGCAGUUGAACAUUCGAGGAGAACAGUGUAUGAAAAAGAAAUCUGAAAUUGAUGAGACACGAAACAAGAAGAUAAAUUGGCGUCAUUUUUUCAUCAUCUGCUCAGUACUUAUCUCAGCAUAUCUCAUUAACGGUGAGCAUGCUCAGACAGUAUGCAAUAUAUGCACCACAGUACCAGCCGCUAUCUUUACUUACGAACAACUUUCCGAUCACACAACUCGGAUCUUUGCUUAUAAGGCAACGCUUUUCUAUUGGUCAAUUCAUGGAAUUUUGAUUGCAUUCGACAGCAUAUUUGUGGAUGCAUUUGGAUACUUUUUCGGCAAAUUCAUCCUUCUCAUUGUCCUAUUUUUCAAUGUUGUUUAUCAGCAUGAUGUCGCCAAAAGUCUUAUGGAGCAGCAACAACGCCGUAACGCAAUGGCUAAUUCGAUGGUUAGCUCCGACAUACCUGUUCAUUUUUCAGGCUCGUCUUAUGCAUCGCAAAUUGGUCUUAAUACAGCAAUGACAAUCACCGAUGCGACGCAGUUUUCUGCCGAAAGUCUCUUCAGAAGGUAUCCAUCAUUACAUUAUAAUAACUUAACAACUGCAUAUUCAUUGUCUCGUAGUCCAGAGAUGACUGCUUACUUGGAUACUUCUUACACUCACGAUGGAUCUCUAAAAACAGUCGCUUCUACUACAGAACAAUUCAAAUUUGGAAUACAGAAGCACCGACAAAUUACCCUGAAUGACUCGUCAAUAUUGUCAGAUUACGGAGAAGAAAAUGAUGGGUCAGAAAAUGACACCGUGAAAUCGACUCCUGCUGGUGACUGCCAGAAAGUUGAGAAUGAGGCUUGUGGUUCACUACAUUCCAGCGAAUAUUCGACGUCGACGGCGGUGAAAGAAGAAGAGACUCUUGUUACUAACCCAAAUGAAUUUAUAAUAUUUAAGCAUCCUUUUACGGAAAUGGUGACAAUCCACGUGAAAAACAAGCACAGUCGUCCGAUAAUGUGGGCUUUGAAGACUAAUGCAAUCAAGCGCAUGAUUGCACAGCCUACUUGUGGCACUCUGGGCAAAGACGCCACCGUACACAUUAAAAUCGGAGUUACUGCAAUACCACCUGAGGAAUCGAACAUGAAUGAUCGAGCUGCCAUUGAUUAUUGUCUAAUUGACGAUGAUACAACCGGCUUUGACCGCUCAUUUUUGUACAACACUGAAGAUCCAUUCCGCAGACGGAAAAAAUUCAAUAUUUAUUAUGAAAAUUAG